AUGGCUACCUACAACAUCAUCAGGUGGGGCCGGCGUUACCGCUUCAUUCAUAGUGCGCGCCAUGUGCAAAUCACCAAAAAAGGCCCUGCCAGGCACUACUAUGUGGAAGGAGCUAACCUCCAAGAGGUAACCGCAAAUGGGGUAAAUUUCAUCACACGGGGUGAGGACAGCACUCCCGGAGUGGACCUCCCAAAUGAAGAGAUACCCCCAAUGGGAAACACCUCCCCACCGAAAAGCAGCAACCUAACGACGAGCGAUCUACUAACCAGGCACGAAAAAGACGCAGCAAUAAUGACCCACAUAGUAAACAGUUUAACCACUGCAGAGAAGACGAAUGGCAGCUUUCUAAACCUGCUCACCCUAUCUACUCUACACAAACAGGAGAUUGAAAAGGAGCAAAACGCACUCUGCUGUAAAGACAAAAUUAGGGACCACCUGAGAGAGUACCUCCACUUCGCUAUAAAGAACAACCACCACCAUUACCUCUUUAACAUUUACGAGCUGACUUGCCUGUACAGAGUAGACGACGUAGAAUUGCUCCGACAAGUGGUGGAGCAAAUACUCAUCCACACAACCAGUGAAGAAGAAAAAGUCAUUCACUGCUACUGCAUAGUAAAACAUCUGGCUGGAAAAAAAAAAAAUGAUAGGGUCAUUGCUCUGUUGCUAGCCAAUCACCUUUUCAACGAUUCUUUUUUUAACUUCCUCCAAAGGAACGCAUGCGUCAGCAGCAGUUUUGUAAAUAUCCUAAGUUAUGUGUCAGACGCGAUAGGGUACAACCCUAACGGGGCUUUCCUACCCUCCCUGCACUGCGCACUGAGAAAGUAUGCUAGCCAUUUUAUCAGCAGGUUGGAAAAGGAGAUAGAACCCAAAAUGGUCAACAAUGUAGAGGAGCUAGCCAAAAUGCAGGAAAUUUUUCUAAAAAAUGGGUUCUAUGAUGAUGAUUUUAAUUUGUUAAUUAAACGGCUUGUACUCUCUUGCUCUUCGUAUGUCAACCCGUUAGACUUGCUCGUGCUCUCCUCCAAUGUGCUGCUUAGCUUUGCAAGGAGUGACCACCUGCUUCUCCCUCGUAGUGAGCACCAGGGGGGGGCGACGCCCCCGGAAGAGGGAAGCUUCCCCAAGGGGGGCAACUCCAAGGGGGAGAACCCCCCCAAAUGGUACAGAACCUUCCUGUCCGCGAAAUCCAUGGCAGACGUGGUCAUCAGGACGAGCGACCCCUACAUGGCCAACACGUGCAGCCACCCGGAGCACAUCCAGCGGUACCUCCUCCUGUGCUGCUACUGCCACUUCACUUUGUUCUCCAACUGGUGGGCCGACACUGCAAUUCGCCACAGGCUGGAAAAGAAAAGGAGGCCUCACAAGGCAGUGCUGCGGUCGAGAGUGCCCUACAAAAGCCACCUUGCCGACCAGGUGUCUCACCUGCUGGCUGUGCUUCUGCACAGGUAUGGAGGUUCCGCUCGGGGAGAAGAAGACCCGCAUGUAGACAUCCACGCGGUGGGAAGCGGCCCAGGAGACAAGCACCCAGGAGAUCACUUAUCCAAGUACCUACCCUACCUGCUCAAAUCUUUCCUGCGAGUAGGGUUAACCAAACCCGAGAUGCUACACAACCAGUCAUUCAUCCAAUUUUUUGAAGAAAUAUUUUUGCAUAUAGUUGACGCGUUCGUUGCAAAGUAUGAGCAAGGCAGAAGGGGAAGUGCCGUGGAUGCAAAAAAUCAGGGCAGUUGCACCAACAAGGCAAGUAUCCAAAUGACGAGGGGAGGUGCCCCCCACAAAGGGGAUAACCUAAAGUGGGAAGAGAGUAACCUCCUUCCAUCCGCUAACCAUCCACCACUCUACACGAAUGACGAAUUGAGUCUGUAUGAGCUGAGCUCCAUCUGUGAGUGCUUCUUUCUGGUGAAGCUAAUGCAGGGGAAAGUCCUUCCAAAACGUAGAAUGCUCUCGCGAAAGGGGGUAAUCCCCCUCCAGGCAUCAUCCGAUGAGAGGGAAAACCAGAGUAACUGCCCGUUAGACAAAUCCCGAGACGCAUUCGAAAAAACGUUGUACAUAUUUCUGGGGAAGUUCCCACCUUCAGGAGAGCUGCAUCUAAAUGGUCAGCACCACCAUCCGUUGGACGAACAAGACAUUCUUAAAGGACUGAUAAACCAAAUGAGGUCCUGCUCAGAACCCAUUUUUCUGUACUACUUAAUGUUAAGAACGAUUUUACCGAUUCUAUUUUGUGAUACCCGUGAGAGGUCCUUAGAUGUGACCAAAAGGAUAAUUUCGUUCGUCCUCUCGAUACCAUUUCGAAGAGACAUCCUAGUGAAAGGGUUGUCACCUGCACAGGGGACUGACUCAACGCACAAGCACCUCCAUCAGAUUUUAAAGAGACUCACUCAGUGGGAAAAUUGUGCCAUAUCUAUAAACAGCCAAAGGAGAAUUAGAAUACAAACCAAAGGGAGGGGCCUUCCAUUUGAUUUUGUUUACGCCGGUGACUUCCUUCGUCCUUCGUCUAUUUUUUUACUUUGCCUUAAUGAGAUGACGAAAUGGGAAGAUGUGUACCGACCCUUUCUGCAGGAGGUUUUCACAACUGACCACUUCUCGGAUGAGAAUAAGGCCAGCUUCUCGGAUCUAGUACAGGGGGCGCGUGACUCGGUCGAUUUCAGCGUCUCUAGGUUCUUAAGGGAAAGGCGGGCUUAA